AAUUAAACACCCAGUAGAUAAAAUAUCUGGGAAAGUUUGUCAUAUUAUUGACCAAAUACAUAUUUAUAUGCCAUUUAUACAUUAUUAGGUUAAAAUGGCACAUCAAUAUACCGACCUUUUCAAUAUGGACGAUGGAACAAUUUACACACAAAGACCUGCACAUAACAGCAACUUAUAUAACAACAACAAUGAAAUACAAUUAACAGAGAUUCUUAAACUUUUGCAUGACGUCUAUGGAAAAGUUAGUGAAUUAACAACAAAAGUCGAUCGCCUCAAUAUGGAAAUGAUUUCUGUAAGGAACGAGGUUACUUCCAUAAAAGCUAAAGUUUACGGAGAAAUAUCCAUUGAGCGUGAAAUAGUUCCUCGCUCUCCUUUCUCAACUUUAGAAGAAAUUAAUAACCUUGAAGAAAAACUUAAGAACGAAGAAGUAUUUAAAAAAAUUUGUAAGUGUAGUUUUUAUAUAUUUUCCUAAAAGAAUCGGCCCUAUCGCGAAUUUCACAUGAACAAAUAUUCCCAAAAAUUAUAAAGUAAAACAAAAACUAUUUUUCCCAAUUUGUU